GGAACGUCUAGACAGCACAAGACAGCAUAGGCAGUCGCAUUAGUUUCACGAAGAUCGAACAAUGCUCCUCCUCAUCCUCAUCAUCAGUUCAGCAUCAGCGCAGACCUUCCAGCAGUUCUGUCUGCCCUUCAACAACAACUAUUACCAGCCCACCAUCAUUAAAGAGGGCAUCAAAGAUGUCCAGAAACUUGCACUCAACCGGAACGACAACACCCUAUACUUUAUCUUUAACAAAGUCGGUGAUUUAGGCUACAGCUUAGGUUAUGUUAAUUUAAACACUAACCUAGCAGGAGUGGUAGAUGGUAUCAGAAAUGCCUCAUCAGUAACUGUCGAUCAGGUUAAUAAUGUAGUAUACGCGGGCGGUAAAGAAGGUUUAUAUAUAGUUAAGUCUAUAGAUGAUAGGAAAGAGCUUGAAAAAAUGCCUGUUUUUCACGAUAUUUAUGACAUAUUCUUCAAAGGCGUCCUAUAUUUUAGCACGAAAAGAAGAGAAGCGUUUAGGGUCAGAAAUAAUGUAGUAUACAGACUACCAGCUUUAACGGGUGUGUCAGUCGAGAAAAUAGUGUUAGAUGAUGAUAAUAAUAUACUUUUUACAGCAAAUAGGAAGUUAUUUAGACUUAAAUUAGGUACUAGAGACAUCGCUGUGCAUGAAGAUUUACUCGUAGACGGUAUAACAGUGGAUGAAGACUUCAUACCUUUUGUGACAACUACUCAAGGCAUAUAUGUGUAUAAUAAGUAUAAGUAUGCCUUAGAUCCGGUCUCGAAUGAAAGACUGAGGAGUCUAAAUGCGAUAGCGUUUAGUAAGGAAGGUGAAUUGAUAUAUGAAGCGGCGGGGAAUAUAUAUAAACUAACUAGGUGUCAGUGAUAUUUAUUAAAAAAGAUUUAC